AUGCCUCGUUUCACCGUCCACAUCCGAGAUGAAUGGCUGGCCGUACCGUGCCGGGACACCUCCAAGACCAUCCAGUGGCUGGCGUACGAGGCGCUGAAACGUUACAUUAAAAACAAACCGGACAACGGGGGCAUCACGGCGGUGAAGGACACUCGCUUCGUGGUGCGCAGGUGCCAGGGUUUGGGUUUGUUGGACGCGGAUGACACCAUUGAAGAUGUCCUGGAGGACAAUGACUUUGUUGAACUUGCAAUCGAAGGGGAUACCAUGUCUCCUGACUUCAUCCCAUGUGAGCCGGGAGUGUCUCACCUUACAGCGGCCUACAAAGAACCUCAAGAAUAUAUUGCGCUGGAUGGCAACAGCCUGACAUCCACAGAUUUGGUCAACUUGGGCAGAGGACUCUACAAGAUAAAGCUGACUCCAGAGGCUGAGACCAAAGUUGUGCAAUCCAGGGAACUUUUGGACACUAUUGUCAAAGAAAACAGAGUUGUCUAUGGAAUCACAACUGGUUUUGGCAAAUUUGCCAGAACUGUCAUCCCGAUCAACAAGCUCAAGGAGCUGCAGGAGAAUUUGAUACGAUCACAUUCAGCAGGUGUUGGAAAUCCGCUAAGCCCAGAGAGGACCCGUAUGCUGCUGGCUCUGAGAAUCAACGUUAUGGCCAAAGGACACAGUGGGAUUUCUCUGGAAACACUUCACGCCAUGAUCCAAGCUUUUAACGCUUCCUGCCUGUCCUUCGUCCCACAGAAGGGGACAGUGGGUGCUAGUGGAGACCUGGCACCCCUCUCUCACCUGGCCCUGGGGCUGAUGGGAGAAGGAAAAAUGUGGUCUCCAAAGAGUGGAUGGGCUGACGCCAAAUAUGUCCUGGAGGCCCAUGGACUGAAGCCAAUAUCACUCAAGCCUAAAGAGGGCAUUGCUCUGAUCAAUGGGACUCAGAUGAUCACCUCCCUGGGGGCAGAGGCCGUGGAGCGAGCUCAGGCCAUCGCCCGACAGGCCGACAUCAUCGCUGCUCUCACCCUGGAGGUGCUAAAGGGAACCACCAAAGCUUUUGACAGCGACAUCCACAGGUUGCGGCCCCACCCUGGACAGAUAGAAGUGGCCCAACGCUUCCGCUCACUGCUGGACUCUGAUCACCAUCCUUCAGAGAUUGCAGAGAGCCAUCGCUUCUGUGAACGAGUCCAGGAUGCCUACACUUUGCGAUGCUGUCCCCAGGUCCACGGAGUCGUCAACGACACCAUCACGUUUGCGCAGAACAUCAUUAACACUGAGAUCAACAGUGCUACUGACAACCCUAUGGUGUUCUCAGAAAGAGGUGAGACCAUCUCAGGUGGGAACUUCCAUGGAGAAUAUCCAGCAAAGGCUCUGGACUUUUUAGCCAUCGGCGUCCAUGAGCUGGCUUCUAUCAGUGAAAGAAGGAUCGAGAGGUUGUGUAACCCCUCCCUGAGUGAGCUGCCUGCCUUCCUCGUCAAUGAGGGUGGACUUAAUUCAGGAUUCAUGAUUGCCCACUGCACCGCUGCUGCAUUGGUUUCAGAGAACAAGGUCUUAUGUCAUCCAUCCUCAGUGGACUCCUUGUCCACUAGUGCUGCCACAGAGGACCACGUGUCUAUGGGAGGUUGGGCUGCUAGGAAGGCCCUGAGGGUCAUAGAGCAUGUGGAGCAAGUUCUGGCUAUAGAGCUGCUGGCAGCCUGUCAGGGCAUCGAGUUCCUCCGCCCACUCCGUACCACCACUCCCCUGGAGAAGGUCUAUGAACUCGUGCGCAGUGUGGUCAAACCUUGGAUCAAAGACAGAUUCAUGUCUCCCGACAUUGAAGCGGCUCACCGUCUUAUAAUUGACCAAAAGGUGUGGCAAGUGGCCAAGCCAUACAUCGAGAAGUACGAGACGGAGUACAUCCCUGAGUCCCGUCCUGUCUCUCCAACCGCCUUCUCCCUGGAGCCUCCAGCAUCGCCAAGGAAACGUGUUCGUCUUGAGUGAAGCCUCACGUUGACGACCGUUUGGAUCAUGUUAAUAAAAAUGUUUAUUUGCUUCUUUAGGUGAACAGUUUUAUAGACAAGACAUAAAUAAUUUGAAGUAGCAAAAAUGACACGAAACUCUAUAUAAUAGAACUCUAUUUACUAUUUUGUCCCUUGAAGAAUGUAGCUAACAAUUAAUCCUUUCACGCGACAUGACUACCUCAGCCAUUUCUAAGUCCAAAAAUACACUAGCAGACAUGCUCAGUUUUCUGUUUUGCCCUAAUUAAAAAAAGAUCGGAUAUGAUUUGUCAUUAAUGCAUUCCAAAAUAUUUUUUUUCUAAUGUGUUUCUUGAUAUUUUUCAUAAUCAUUACGAUGUGUCUGUACUCUGUAAUAAAGUACCUUAGUGCUGAGAGGGGUAAAAUAUUGCGAAGUAAAAUUGAGAUCAGUACAAAGUAAUACUGAACUAUCUAUAGAUCUAUAGAAUCACUACGUACGAGUAUAUCGUACUGGGCAUAAGUAAGUUAUUAUUCUUAUUCAGCUUAAAAAGUAGUAGAAGUAAAAUAAUAUGACAAGUCCAGUGAGUUGAAUUAAUUAGAAUUCAGAAAAGAUGAAAAAGUACCAACAUUUACCAAUAAGUGAAAUAAAAAUAAUGAAAAAUAGAGCAAGAAGUUAAGAACACAGGCUGUAAUAAUGACGAAUGAUUAAAAUGUGAUGAUCUUUU